AUGAUUAAUGGUUAUAACUUGUCGAGGCAUGCUGCUCUGAGUACAUAUCGUCAGGUGGUCACUCAUUGCAUUGGUACUGCUACUCCACGCAUUGGUUAUGUCAAUGUCAAUGCAUCAUCAUCCUUGUCCCCUACAUCAAUCAAUGAAGGUGAAGUAGUACAGCCAAUAGUUAGACGAUAUACAUCAUCAUCGUCAUCAUCAACAGCAACAACAACUACCAAAACAAGCAGUAACUUCAAAGAAGAAGUCAACAAAGCGAGAAGAACAAAACGAGAGACGAGCAGUGGCAACAAGGACGACAACAGUGAGUCCAAGAACAAGGAGAAAGGUAGUACGGGUACAUCAUGUUGUGCAAAUGUACAACAAUCAUUGGAGAACAAACAUUCAGAGUGCUUCAAGAAGAUCGUACAUAGUGAUGAUGAGUACAUCGCUCGUGAUGACUCUCCGAUCCAGGUGGCCAUACUCAUGAAUGAUAAAGACAUGCUCAAACAACUGUUGGCCAAUCCCAAGGACAACGAUGUCAACUUUGCCAACAAGGUCGGCUUCACUGCGUUGCACUACUGUGCCAUGGCGAUGAUGAUGCAACAGAAGGGCGCGAGACCGUCGCCAAAGAUGACUGAGCAGGAGCAGGUGGCAAACGACUCGCUCGAAGUAGUGGACAUGUUGAUAAAGGCUGGCGCAGACGUGCACAUCAAGACACCAACACAGACUGAUGCCUUUGGAAUUGCAGCCUCAAUGCGUAUGCUUCCCCUUUGUCGUCGACUGCUUGAGGCGGGAGCCAACCCAAACAAUGUCAACGAGGAAGGUGACUCACCGUUGAUGUCGGCCAUCUCCAAUCAAGACGUGCCACUUGUCGACUUCCUUGUGAAUGAGGCAAAGGCAGACAUAGGCUAUGUCAAUCCUCGUGGUGAUGAAACGGCCUACCAGCGAGCAGGCUUCUAUACAUAUAUACCGGUGCUAAAGGUGUUGAUCAAGGCUGGCGCCAAGGACAAGGACCGCACAAACACAGCGUUGCACUACACUGUGGCAUCAAACAAGAUUCAAUCAACUCGACUGCUACUGGCGCAUCAACCUGAAGCCGUCAACUUUAGGGACGUUGGAGGCACGUCACCAAUCUUCCUGGCAGCACAAUCAAACUUCUCGGCAAUGAUGCACUUACUCCUGGAGCAUGGAGCACGUGUUGACUACAUGGUGGAGCAGACCAAUGAUACACUGGCACACGUACUAGCAUUCUCUGGUACAGUGUCGGACAUGGAACUUAUCACUAGCAAGGGUGUGGACAUCAAUGCAUUGAACAUCCUCGGGGAGACUGCGCUACACAUCGCAGCCACAAGUGGCAACAAGGAUAUGAUCGACUAUCUCGUCAAAAAGCGUGGAUUGGAUGUCAAUUUGAAGAGUGUCGAUGGGUCGACUCCACUGUUGAUCGCAGUCAAACAACACAAGCUGAGCACAGCUCGCCAACUGUUGGAGCUUGGUGCCAGUCCAAACAUUGGUGAUGAGGAGUUCCGGUUCCCAAUUCACGAGGCAGCCCAUAUUGGCUUGCCCAAGAUGGUCAUGCUUUUGCUCGAGUACGAUGCCGAUACCAAGGUUGUGACCAAGGGUGGCAUGACUGCUCUCGAUCUAUCCAUCGAGAAGAAGAAUAAAUCAUGCUCUGCAUUGUUGUUGCCAAAGUAG